AUGCGUGUCUUCGACUUGCAACUCAUCUCCAUUCAAAGGACGCAAUCGCAGGACGUCCCUACCGUGAAGAUCGCUCACUCGAACUAUCGGGUACUGGGUCUACCGGAUGAGGUGGCCUCUACAAUUUUCGACUAUACGUGGCUCGACAACCCGGACCGUGUUCAUACUCUCUUGGAUGCAAAACUCGUCUGUCGUGACUGGUGCAGGCUCAUCAAGGGAACGCCGAUACUCUGGGCGCGCGUGCAUGGCGACCUCAAGGGUGGUGACCCGCACGAGGAUAUCCUCUCCCUUACUACCCAUUACGGCUUGUGCACCAGCACCGACUUGCAAGUCCCGCACGAUGUUAUGCUCGAGCUGGUUCGCCAAUCUCGAUCGUUCUACGUUAUGGAUCACCUCUGGAAAUGGUGGAAGGAGCUCAACGAGGCCGCCGAGCCCUGGGUUAACCUUCGCCUUCUACACUUCCACGGUUAUAUAGAGCCAGGCGAGCCGGGUGUGGACGAUAGGAUCGCCGUCCUCGACUCCGCCAAGUUUCCAAACUUGGCGAGCCUUACGUGGGAGGGAAAGCUGGAACAUCGGUUGCUUGGUCUAACCAGCCUGACGGUCACCUUUCAUCACCCCGACCACGCUCGUCACUGCGCAGACAACCUUCCGCCACGGCUAGAAGUGCUCAUCAUAACGUUGACUACUUUCUUGGAUGGCGUUUGCUUCCAAGACAUCCUGCAACCCCUGUCGCAUAGGGGGUUGCUUGAACUAAGCGUGAUGUCCAAUGAUGGCGCAUCAAGGGACGCUGUGGCAAGAUUCAAACCCAUCAUCAUGGACAACCUCGUCAAGGUCGACACGCAGAGCCUCCUUCGUUUCGAGCCAGGACCCGGAGGUGCUCUGAACCGCAAUGAGGACCACUUCCCAUCCCUUCAGACGCUCAAUUGCCACUCCGUUCUUGAUGCGCAUGCCCUCCGGCUAUCCCGGCUCGUAAACUUUCCAACGUUACCGAGAGCGACCUUCACAUACGGUCUUACGAACCUUGAUCCCGAGGGAACUUCUUGGCCAUUCCAAUCUGUUGUCCACCGCCCCUCGUUGAUUCAAGCAAACGACGACGUCUGGAAGUCUUUCUGCCAUAGCGUCAUCUCCGGCCGGGACACCCUGGUCAUUACGGCGCGCGAGGUCCCCUUCCUCCAGGAGCCCAGCAUCACGCUAUCAGUCGUUGACGAACAGGACCUUCCUCUUGAUGGAUAUCUCGGCGUCGAACGUGUGCGCGGUAGACACCUUCAUGUGGCGCUGUGCUCUACCGCAAUGUGUGCGGCAAGCGACGCUAGCGACGUGUCCCGGACCAGUGCGGUACACUCGAUGUCCCUUGUGUCAAGUCAUAGCAUAAAGAAGGUCUAUCUAAGACUCGUCCGCCUUGUCGAGAAGCCGAGCGACAGCGACUGGGAUUCGGGAGACUCUUGGCAUUCGAAGAUACCGUUCGACCCCACAGCUGUUGACGACAAGCGCAAUGUUGAGCAGCUAUGCAACGACCUGCGGUGGAUGUUGAACGUGAACUACUUCAUGGCCGACCUUGGGCACAAGAACCAAGAGGAAAUCGGGUUCCUCAAAGCGCUCUUGAAGAACAACACCGACGAGCGCGACACCCCCGGCCAGGUGACGAUGUCUAAGCUUGCUUGCAUCGCUGUGCGUGUCACUGCACUGCGCCUUGCUGGGAAGUUCUGGAAGGACCUGCUAUCGCUCGCCCGUGUGCGUAGCAAGCUAGCUGUUGCAGGGCGUUGUGUGCACAUGCGCGUCGCAAUUUUCUCGCGUCUCGGUUCGAGCAUUCAAGGCGCGACAUUCGAAGAUUCCAAGUAUCUAGAGGAACUGGCAUCUGAAGUGGGCGUUACCAUGCACGACGUUUGA